GGGAGUUGUCAAGUGUGUCUAUCAGUGUCGGUGUUGGUCGGUGUCUCUGUUUAUUGAUAAUAUUGCAUUGCAAUCAAAUAAAUUUUUUAGUCAGACCAAGAUGACUGACUCUAAAUAUUUUACUACCACCAAAAAGGGUGAGAUUUUUGAACUCAAAUCCGAGCUCAACAGUGAUAAAAAGGAAAAGAAGAAGGAGGCAGUUAAGAAGGUCAUAGCCUCUAUGACUGUUGGUAAAGAUGUCUCUGCUUUGUUUCCUGAUGUUGUCAACUGCAUGCAAACUGAUAACUUGGAGUUGAAGAAACUGGUUUACCUAUAUUUGAUGAACUAUGCAAAAUCUCAGCCGGAUAUGGCCAUAAUGGCAGUGAAUACAUUUGUCAAGGAUUGUGAGGAUCCAAAUCCAUUGAUCAGAGCUUUGGCAGUACGCACAAUGGGUUGUAUUCGUGUGGAUAAAAUCACUGAAUAUUUGUGUGAACCAUUAAGGAAAUGCUUGAAGGAUGAAGAUCCUUAUGUGAGAAAAACUGCAGCUGUGUGUGUGGCUAAAUUGUAUGAUAUUUCUUCUGGUCUUGUUGAGGACCAAGGUUUCUUGGAACAACUGAAAGAUUUGUUGAGUGAUUCAAAUCCUAUGGUUGUUGCCAAUGCAGUUGCUGCUUUGUCUGAGAUCAAUGAGAACAGUCCAACUGGAGCUCCAUUAGUUGAAUUGAAUACCAAUACAAUCAAUAAAUUGCUGACUGCUUUAAAUGAAUGUACUGAAUGGGGUCAAGUUUUCAUCCUUGAUUCCCUUUCAAAUUACAGUCCUAAGGACGAACGUGAAGCUCAGAGCAUUUGCGAGAGAAUCACACCGCGAUUAGCUCAUGCCAAUGCUGCAGUUGUGCUUUCAGCUGUUAAGGUUUUAAUGAAAAUGAUGGAAAUCUUGGCUGGCGACACCGAGUUUUGCGGGACUUUAAGCAAGAAAUUGGCUCCUCCGUUGGUGACUCUGUUGUCUUCGGAGCCCGAGGUCCAAUACGUAGCAUUGCGCAACAUCAAUCUGAUUGUGCAGAAGAGACCCGACAUUCUCAAACAUGAAAUGAAGGUGUUCUUUGUGAAAUACAACGAUCCCAUCUACGUUAAACUAGAGAAAUUGGACAUCAUGAUUCGUUUGGCUUCGCAAUCGAAUAUUGCUCAGGUUUUAAGCGAACUGAAGGAAUACGCUACAGAAGUCGAUGUUGAUUUUGUCAGAAAAGCGGUGCGCGCUAUUGGAAGAUGCGCUAUCAAAGUUGAACCUUCCGCAGAGCGUUGCGUGUCAACUUUGCUCGAUUUGAUUCAAACGAAGGUAAACUACGUUGUACAAGAAGCCAUCGUUGUCAUCAAGGAUAUAUUCAGGAAAUAUCCCAAUAAGUACGAGAGCAUUAUCAGCACCCUUUGCGAGAAUUUAGAUACUUUGGAUGAGCCCGAGGCGAGGGCUAGUAUGGUUUGGAUUAUCGGGGAAUACGCGGAACGUAUCGAUAACGCUGAUGAAUUGCUGGACAGCUUCCUCGAAGGAUUCGCCGAUGAAAAUGCCCAGGUUCAACUUCAGUUGCUCACUGCAGUUGUUAAAUUAUUCUUGAAGAGACCUGCCCACACCCAGGCUUUGGUGCAGCACGUUCUGAGCUUGGCCACUCAAGAUUCUGAUAACCCCGAUCUUCGCGAUCGUGGCUUCAUUUAUUGGAGGUUGUUAAGUACUGAUCCAGCUGCCGCCAAAGAAGUGGUACUGGCCGAUAAACCGUUGAUUUCGGAAGAAACCGAUUUGUUGGAACCAACGCUUUUGGAUGAACUGAUUUGCCACAUCUCUUCUUUGGCCAGUGUUUACCACAAGCCACCAACUGCGUUCGUCGAAGGUCGUAGUGCUGGUAUUAGGAAGACGUUGCCGAUCAGACAAGGAUCGACCGAAGAAACUGCUACGGCUACUACUUCGACUACUGCUAACGAGGCGACAGUUAUUCCAAGCCAGGACUCUCUGAUUGGAGAUCUUCUAUCCAUGGAUAUUGGUAGUUCAGUUGCCGCUCCUCCUGCUCAAGCUGCGCCCACUUCCAGUAACAUCGAUUUGUUGGGAGGUGGUUUGGACAUAUUGCUUGGAGGUGGAGCACCGGAUGUCGCGCCUCCACCGGCAAGCAGCAACACUGGAUUGUUGGGAGAUAUUUUCGGUAUCAGCUCCAGUCCUACUCUUUACACACCUCCCAAGACAUGCUGGCUGCCGGCCGAAAAGGGCAAAGGUCUGGAAAUCAUGGGUACUUAUUCUAGACGAAAUGGCCAGAUUAGCAUGGACUUGACUUUCACUAAUAAAGCCAUGCAGGCAAUGAACGGAUUCGCGAUACAAUUCAACAAGAACAGUUUCGGAAUUGCACCGGCUUCUCCUUUAAAUAUUGGUACUUUGCAACCGUCGCAAAGCUUGGAAACAGGACUGGCUCUGAACACUACCGGACCUGUUCAAAGAAUGGAUCCAUUGAUGAAUCUUCAAGUUGCCGUUAAGAACAACGUGGACGUGUUUUACUACGCUUGCACGGUACCCAUCCAAAUUCUCUUCGCCGAUGACGGCCAAUUGGACAAAAGAUUCUUCUUGACCACCUGGAAAGACAUUCCAGCCGCCAACGAGAUCCAAUAUACGUUGAACGAUGUUAGAGGCACCGCAGACACAAUUGCCGCCAAGAUGACACACAAUAACAUCUUCACGAUUGCCAAGCGAAAUGUGGAAGGACAAGACAUGCUCUAUCAGUCUUUGAAACUUACAAACAACAUCUGGGUUCUACUUGAACUAAAACUGCAGCCUGGUGUUCAGCAUGCUACACUCAGCUUGAAAACUAAAUCCACUGAAGUGUCUGCUUCAAUUUUCCAAGCUUACGAUAUGAUCAUGAGAAACGCUUAAGUACGUUAACAUUCCCACACAAAAAUAAUGUAAUUUAAUUCUCGUUUAACCAAGUGUAAUAAUUAUAAUAAUGAA